AUCCUUGCGAGCGUAAAACCUUGCGAUGGUAUAAAAAGAUAUUUAUUCAUGUGAUGCAAAUGAUCGUAAUAAAUGCCAUGCAGCUUCACAAUAUGCAUGCGAUUGACAAAAAACUCUCUUUGUACGACUUUAGAAGCAGUUUGAUAGAGAGUCUUUUACCCCCAAAGCAGCAAGCUCCUCUCAUUACUCCACCAAGAAACCCAACCCACAAACUUGUACAAAAUGAAGAACGGGAUAAAAAGGGUGACAGAAAACGUAAAGAUUGUAGGGUAUGCUACAAGAAUGAAAAGAAAAGGAAGAUGACAACAUAUACAUGUUCUGUUUGUCCAGGUAAACCAGGACUUUGUGCUGUCAAUUGUUUUGACAUACAUCACAGAGACCAGCAGUAAAAGCCAUGCCCUCAAGACCUUGUAAAUAUUGUAUAUAGUUUUAUUUGUUUUUGUUUUGCACUGUAUAAUGAAAUAGUUUCAAAUUGGAUUGUUUUUACGGUAGCCACUCGCGUUAUUAGACUUUUUAGCCACGCUCUGUGCGACAAAACUCUUUCCGUGUGCUGAUCCGCGGGUCAAUCUGUGACGUCAUGUAAUCCGCCAUUUUGGAUCACGGACGUUAUUAUCUGCCCAUAAAUCUGCCUCUGAUAGCAAAUGGUUUCAGUGCUACAGCGCACCUAGUCACUUCAUAUUGGUCCAAAUCAAGCAUUGGUAGGAACAGAGAGGUUGGAGGAGAAUAACCACGAGAGGAGAAUUCAACCUUGCCAAACCACUCCCACUCCUCUUACGGCGAUCUACUAUCACUGACUUCUACAGUAAAGCAAGAUGUCAAUAGCUUAAGACGAUGCCACACGAUAUAGACAAUCUGUGAAGCCUCACACAAGGGAGGAGGACGGGUCCGUGCGUUAUGGCGCGCAGUGGAUAACACUAUCAAGAAUAAGAAAUGGUAGAUAGUUGGUAUUGUUCCUGAAACUUCUGCAGAUAGUAAAGACAUCAGCAACAAUGCCUCACCAUAAUGUUGCAGAGUUUGUCAAGAGGAGAGAAAUUGAUGAGAGCGUGAGAAACAGGUUGCAGCGUAAACUGCAUGUGACUGACAGCUUCGUACAAAGGCUGGGACUGGAGAAGGAGCUGGAGGGACAUCAAGGAUGUGUUAACUGUCUGGAGUGGAACUCUGAGGGGAGGAUACUGGCAUCUGCAUCGGAUGACUUCCAAGUGAUCUUGUGGGAUCCUUUCAAGUACCGUAAAAUUCAAUCCUACCAGACUGUUCACCAUGGGAAUAUAUUUUCAGUCAAGUUCCUACCGGGCACUAACGACAAUACGUUGGUGACGGGUGCGGGAGACUUCCAGGUGCAUGCGAUGGAUGUUACGCUCAAGGAGACGACGCAGGUGUGCACAUGUGCCACUGGUCGAGUUAAACGGCUGGCCACAGCUCCUCAGGUGCCUUUCAUCUUCUGGAGUGCCUCCGAGGACGGAGCUGUUAGACAAUAUGAUCUGCGCUCGCCUCACAGUUGUUCGGGAGAUGUGAACAAUGUUUUGGUAUACCUUCGAACCCACUUAGGCCACUUUGCGGAGACUAAAUGCCUGGCUGUGAAUCCCCUAAGACCCGAAAUACUGGCGGUGGGUGCCAACGAUCCAUACGUCCGGCUCUAUGAUCGUAGGAUGAUCAGACUCACCAAGAUAUACACAUCAGAGAAUCUACACAGUCAGCGAGCCCGGCUCGCAUACCCCGCAGAACCAGUGGAAGUGGAGGAUAAUCUGCCAAAAGAGUGUGUGCAGUACUUUGUUGCCGGUCACUUGCCAGUAAAACAAAAAGAUUUCAAGAAGAAAUUCCGGAGUUUGGCCGCUACUUACCUUACCUUUGGCUCGAAGGGCACAGACUUGCUGCUGAAUCUGGGUGGCGAGCAGAUCUACUUGUUCGACAUCACUCGCAAGCAGAAACCCAAGUCCUUUGAUAUCCCCAAGGCUGCUAUGCCCAAAGAACAUUGUAGUACAUCAAAUGGCUACAGCAACGGAUACCACACAGGUGCAAAUGGGUAUGCUGUAUCACCAGGGUCUAAAAAAGAUGACAAGAAGCCAGCGCUACCAGAUCAUGUGGAGGCUAUGAAACUAACUGCUAACAUGUUGUUUGAAAAGGAGGAUUAUACUCCUGCGAUCAGACUAUACAACGAGGCCAUCCAACAUUACAGCAACAGCCCUGUUUUGUACGGUAACCGUGCAGCAGCAUAUAUGAAGAGAGACUGGGACGGAGACAUGUAUGCUGCCCUUAGAGACUGUCACACAACCCUACUAUUGGAUCCUAAUCAUGUCAAGGCGUUUUUUAGAUUGGCACGGUGUCUCAAUGAGUUACACUGGACAGACAAAGCACGGCAAUGUCUUGAGAGCUUCAAGUUACGAUUUCCCAACCAUGUCAACAGUCAUGCUUGUCGUGCUCUGGAGAAGGACAUCUACUUAUCAGGCAUUUCUACUUCUGAAGAUGCUGAUUCAGAUGAGCUGGAUCUCAUGAAGGUGGGAGAGAGCCGGCUACUGAGUCGCAUCUCCACGCAGGAAUGGCGGUGGAGGGAGGCUUCCUACGACUACGACAAGAGGUUCUACGGACACUGUAACACCACAACUGACAUCAAGGAGGCUAACUUUUUCGGCAGUGAAGGCCAGUACAUAGUUGCUGGGUCAGAUGAUGGCUCAAUUUACUUCUGGGAUCGAAGGAACACCAACAACGUGCGUAUUCUGCGAGGUGAUAGCUCUAUCGUUAACUGUCUGCAACCACACCCCAGCUACUGUCUGUUGGCUACAAGUGGCAUCGAUCCUCUUGUGCGUCUCUGGUCUCCUCGCCGUGAGGAUGUGGAGAACAAUCACGAGAUCCGUGACCGGGACUCAGCGGCAACUUGUAAUCAGCGACGGAUGAAGGCUGAUCCAUUUGAUGUUGUGUUGAUGAACAUGGGAUACCGUGUGGGUGGAGCAAACGAUGAAGCAAACGAGGACGGAAACACUCCCACCUAUAACUGCCACACUAGUUAGUGUCAACAUUAAGAUCCACUACAAAUUAGAAUAUACAAUUUUUUAUUGAACCUACUUCUCUUAAACUUAUUUUUCUAUAGUUCUGAUAGUAAAUAUUUUUGUCAUGAGAAUUUUUAGUGGAAUAAAUAAUAAUGUUAUUUA